AUGGCUGCAGACACUCAUGCAGUCUUCUCGCUAUAUCGCACAUUCCACAGGGAGAUCCGCCUUUUGCCUACAAACUAUCUCCGGCACUUUUUCAGGAUCAAGCUCAGUGACGAUGCUAGGACAUUGCUGGAAACCCAUGAUGAUCAACUCCGUGCGAAAAAGAUGAAGCGAGUGCACAAUGAGCUGAAAAAGCUGCGUCUGGCGAAUCGCGGGGUCUGGGAGAAAUUUGACCACGUCCUCGACCUUGCGUAUGGCAGAAAGGGCAAGCUUAGGUGGGAGCUCCUUCAGCCUAUUAUGACCGACCCUUCCUCUCCACCCCCAGAUCCCAUCAUCCCUUCCGUCGAAACCUCCAGGCCUCCAGUAGCCUCAGCGGAGCUGACGGCACUGCUGAUCAGCGACGCGUCACACCGGAAAAGGGCGCUUUAUCUGUCGCGAGUCCGGCGUCCUCACCUCCUCCCUAAACGCGCCGACCCAGACUCUGAGGAUGCACAGAUAUUUGGUCGCUUCAGCAAACGAAGAGAGGUCCACAUCCGCCGGGACUACUUCCAGAAGAACCUCCGGAUGCUCUACCCGCCCCUCGAGGUAGGCGUUGAGCAGGGUCCAGCCCUCCAAUCUCAGGAGCGUCGAGUGGACAAAUUGGCGCUGCAACAAGCUGGUAUCCGCCCGAUGGCUCUGCAGGACGCAGGCAUCAUGGAAGAGGUCCACUCACUCGCGACGACGGGCCGCCUGCCCAACUCGGAGGAUUCAGCGUUCGCAAACCAUCAACUGUCGCCUCGGUUUUUGAAACGGCGGUUCGCGAGCCUGUUGGCCCGCUUGCCCAUACUGACCUACUCUCGCGCCCUCGCGGAGUCUGGGAAGAGACCGCCUGGCCGGACGGACAUGCAGUUCAAGGGCUACAUGGUCUCGCUCUCCCCAGACCAUCACCAGCAUAAUCGCACAUAUGACGCCGACGACAGCGACACGGCAUGGUAUCAAUGGUCAAUCGAGCAGGACAAUCGACAACGUGAGGAGGCUAGAAGGAAUAGGCAAGAGGACAGACUCCGGAAUACAGCAAUACAGGAGGCGGUAGUAGUACAUAAAUAA